CUGUGCUCCGCCUCUCCUGCGUGAUUGACAGUUGCGGCUGCCCCGGGGCUUUGGUGGGCAGCUGCGGGGAGGUUGGUCAGCGACAUCCAACGUGGUGUUAAUCCGCUUUGCCUUUAUCUAAUUCCCACCUGCCACAGACAGCAGCGACGUGUUUAGUUACUGCGGACGGGCCAAGCGGUGUAUCAGAGUUCCAUCACCCGAAUCUGCUCUUAUCCUGAAUUUUCAACUGUUCCCCAGCUUUGCAAUCCGGAGUACAGAGUAUCUGAUCCAUGCCAAUCAUGAUGCCCAUCUGAGCUGUAACUAGAGUGAUGUGGAAACCUUUUGAUUAAAGGCCAACGUAACUGAUCGGUCAAAUGAAGCUUGAUUUCCUGGCAGUUGGGCACUGGGAUCUUAGUUUCAUCCACCACACUGCUGACACUGUGCCUCUGGAGUGUGUAACGGUUCUUGUCAGGAACCAAGGCUGUGCUCAGACCCAACCCUGGCACAUGCUGAUAUUCAGGGAUGUUGUCAAGUUUCAAGAAUCAGGAUAUUACCCAUCGGCACCAAGAAGGAAAUGAAGGAACUGCCAACCAUACCCUAUAUAUCCUGAUUCUCUCAGCUGGUGAUUGAAAGCUAAUUGGCAAAGGCUCCCAGUGAAACCACGAAACAAAGACAAGGGUAUGCCAGUACCUCCACCACCACCUCCUCCUCCUCCUCCUCCUCCUCCUCCUCCAACUGGGGCUCCUUCGCUGCCGUCUUCACUUGCUCACGCAGAGCUUCCCAAAAAGCACAGGGAUGAAGCACGGGGGCGAUCCGCGUUGUUGGAAGAUAUCCACAAAGGAAUACAACUGAAAAAGGUGAAGCAGGUCAAUGACCGAAGUGGCCCAGUCAUCGACAAACCAAAGAGUAGAAAUGCUGCAGAGUCUGUAGGUGGAAUGGCAGCACCUAUGGGUGGCUUGUUUCAGGGAGGAUUUCCCGUUCUCAGACCUACUGGACAGAAGGAUGCUUCAGUUUCAGAGAGAGUUUCCAAGCCACCUGCUCCCCAUUUCGGAAUGAAAACACAAGCACCAAGAUACCCAGUCCAGAAUAACACUGGCAGGAAUGAGAGAAGCACAUCCAACCACUCAAACUAUCCAGAACCGACUGAUGUAUCUAAAGUUCAAAGGGCACUUCAAGGGCGACUUAACGUGCCCACUCUUGCACCUCCUCCCCUUCCUGUCAUGCCUCCAUGUCAAAGUAGAUCUCCACUGCCUUCUCCUCCUCCAGUACCCGCUCACUCAUUCAAUAAACCUGCAAAAACUGCAUUGCAAAGCCCUCUACCUCCUCCUCCACCUCCUCCACCUCAAAGUAAUAAACCAAUUAAAUUUCAAUACACACAAGCACCACCGUCACCUCCACUACCACCUCCUCCACCUUCCCACAACUUUGAAGACCAAACUUCAGAUUUCUUGUUCCCUGCCCCACCUCCUCCUAUAACUUGCACAGAAGACUGUACAGAUUUCCCUCCCCCUCCACCCCCACUACCACCAUCUUCUUCUAGUGUUCCCCAUGGACGAGCUGAAAGCCCUCUUCCUCCUCCACCUCCACCGCCUCCUUUAUUAAGCCAUCCAGAAGUUCCCCCACCUCUGCCUCCGAAAUUACCAAACUUUUCCAACAGGUCUCCUCUUCCUCCUUCACUGCCAGCAGCCCCUCCCUAUGGUCAUCCAGGCUCUGUCUCAUCUUCUGGCCAAGCAUCGUCCAUAAUCCAACCGUCUGCAAGGGAAGCCUCAUCUAGAUCUGCAGUGCACAAUGGAGGUGGAAAAUCAGCAUCGCCUCCUCUUCCACCAUCCAGGUCAUCCAGCACCGAGGUUACAACCAGAAACCAGCAUUCGCCCGGUGCUAUUCGGACACCUCUACCCCCACCCCCUCCACCCCCACCAUUACCAGUGAAAAAUCGGCAAGGGCUUGCCAGUGUGCCACCACCAGUGUACGCUGAUGACUUUGAGGCCAAGUAUAAUUUUCAUUCAGUUGAAGAUCUUCCACCCCCAGACGAAUACAAAUCAUUUCCCAGGAUAUAUCCCAGUAAACAGCCCAGAGCUAGCCAAAGAGGUCACCGGACUACAACUCCAUUAAGAUGAGUAUUUGAUUCUGGGUUCACCUCUAUCAUCAGCUUGAUGAUGAAAUGGAACAGCACUGGAGGAAGAGUUUUUACUUCCUUCUCACUUAGACUAAACUUUUCUCAGACGUUCAAAUGUUUCCCUCCUUAACAAAACGGCAAAGUUGUUAAUAUGGUCAAUUAACUUUAAUUCCUUAUUUUCCUGGCUUUGAGUUUUAUAACAAGUAAUUCCAAGAUAUAGUGCCUCUGUAAAUUUCAAUUCUGUCACAGCCAUGUGCUGUUACGAAAAGAUAACUUUGUAGCUUUUGUACCUUUAACUUCAAUAGCAGACUGGGAAAUCUGAACACUUGGUAUUGAAGAGAAGAAAAAAGUGGAAAAUUUAAAACGUUUCAAUGGAUAAAACAUUUUGCUCAUGUUACGCAUUAGGAGCAGGAUCAGGUUCUGCUCUGCCUUUCCAUUAUGGCUGAUUUAUUAUCCCUGUCAACCCCAUUCUCCUGCCUUUUCCCCAUAACCGUUGAUACCCUGUCUAACCCAGAGCCUAUAAUCUUUAAAUAUACCCAGUGACCUGGCCUCCACAGCUGAAUUCUACAGAUUCACCAAUCUCUUGCUACAGAAAUUUCUUCUCCUCUCUGUUCUAAAGGGACAUCCCUCUACUCCAAGGGAUCCCAACCUAGGUUCACAGACCCCUUGCUUAAUGAUAUUGGUCCAUAGCAUAAAACCCCAGCUCUAAUCUGUGGCUGUGCCUUCUGAUCCUAGACUCACCCACUAUAGGACACAUCCUCUCUAUCAUCCACUCCGUCUAGGCUUUUCAAUAUGUUUCAAUGAAAUCCUCCCCCCAUUCUUCUAAACUCCAGCGAGUACACACCCAGAGCCAUCACGUGCUCCUCGUAAGCUAACCCUUUCAUUCUCAGAAUAAUUCUUGUGAAGCUCCUUCUGAACCUCUCCAAUCCCAAUGCAUCUUUUCUUAGGUAAGGAGCCCAAAGCUCCAAGUGUGGUUUGGCACUAACACAUUGUUAGUAAUUAUGAUAAGAGCACUUAAAAAUAGUUUGGUCUCAGCCCAAGGUUAAACAAUCCUUUCUGUUUAAUUAAGUCAGGAUCACAAUUAUAAUUUAUCUGUAUGUGUUCUCUAAUGCUUUUAUUUUUCUUGUGUAUUUACAUUGCACAUUAAUGAUUGUCUGUCUACACUAGCAGACUACCAUUGUACCAUAAUUAAAUAUUAAAUGUCAAACUUCUGAUAUCUCAUUGUGAUCUGGUAAAGAGGAGUAAAAAUUAACUGAUGUCUUAUAAUCUUUGACUUUAAAUCAUUAAACGCUGAUCAUGGUA